CCCUUCUUAUAGAGCCGCAGCGGGGCCGCGCUUGGACGAGGCGACAUGGCGGCGGCGCUGCUGCUGGCCUUCGGCUUCGCGCUUCUGUGUGGCCAAGGCGCCUACGCAGCGGCUGGCUUCCUCAAGGCGCCACUGUCCCAGGAGCAGUGGGCGGGGGGCAGCGUGGUCCUGCACUGUGAGGCUGUGGGCAGCCCCAUCCCUGAGAUCCAGUGGUGGUUUGAAGGCAAUGACCCAAACGACAGCUGCUCCCAGCUCUGGGACGGUGCCUGGCUGGACCGAGUUCACAUCCAUGCCACCUACCGCCAGCAUGCGGCCAGCACACUGUCUGUGGAUGGGCUCGCCGUAGAGGACACAGGCACCUACGAGUGCCGGGCCAGCAGUGACCCUGAUCGCAACCACCUGACCCGACCACCCAGGGUCAAGUGGGUCCGUGCCCAAGCAAGCGUGGUGGUCCUUGAACCGGGCACCAUCGUAACCUCCAUCCGCGAUGUCGACUCCAAGACACACCUUACCUGCUCUUUGAACAGCAGUGGCGUCGACAUUGUUGGCCACCGCUGGAUGAGAGGUGGCAAGGUACUGCAGGAGGACAAGCUGCCUGACCUGCAGAUGCAGUACACGGUGGACAUGAAUGACCGCUCUGGGGACUAUGCCUGCAUCUUCCUUCCUGAGCCUGUGGGCAGGGGCGACAUCCAUGUGGAGGGGCCACCCAGGAUCAAGGUCGGGAAGAAGUCAGAGCAUUCCAGUGAGGGAGAAAAUGUGAGGCUGGUCUGCAAGUCUGAUUCAUCCCACCCCCCUAUCACUGAGUGGUCCUGGUUUAAGACCUCUGACUCAGGGAACCAGCUGAUCACCAAUAGCUCUGACAGCAAGUACGUCGUGACAUUCACAGCUGAGAAAUCAGAGCUGGCCAUCAGCAACCUUGACAUAAAUAGCGACCCUGGUACCUACAUGUGUAAUGCCACCAACGCCCAGGGCAGUGUCCAGGAGAAAAUGACACUGCGUGUGCGAAGCCGGCUGGCUGCCCUCUGGCCCUUCCUGGGCAUCGUGGCUGAGGUCCUGGUAUUGGUCACUAUCAUCUUCAUUUAUGAGAAGCGACGGAAGCCGGACCAGUCCCUGGACGAGGAUGACCCUGGUGCUGCUCCACUGAAGGGCAGCGGUCAUCACAUGAAUGACAAGGACAAGAGUGUACGCCAGAGGAACGCCACUUGAGUGGCGGAGCAGGUGGGGUGGGGGGGGGGCACCUGGGCGCCUAACCCCAGCCCAGCAUCUACCUCCACUCCCAUCUUGUCCCAUCCUGUCCCAACCCACGCCCACCCACCCCAACCUGCUAUCCCAACCUGGGUGAAGACAGAGCCUCACCUUGCAGAAGCCCACCUGGAAGAAGCAAGCUGCCUGCAACACCCGUUUCUAGUGCAGAGAAUCUGUUGUUUUCAUUUUUCCUUCCCUUUUUAAUUGCGUCACUACAGCCCUGUAGAAUGGGGGAGUAGGGCCUUGUCCAGAGGCCAGGCCAAACUCUGACUUAUUGGUGGGGGGGGGCACCACCUGCUCCCUUGUAUGGGACUGCCCAUCCCCACCAUGGGCAACAUGGCUGGGUCUGCUGGGACCUCACAAAUAAAGACCUACCCCACCA